GGAUGUCCAAGCGUCAUCACUUCCGAACAACGGGUUUCCUCAUUCUCCAGAACAUCAUCAUCCAAAUCUUCACCACCCGUCUUCACGUUCUGAACGCAAGAUACCGAGGAUUCACCAUAGUCACCAAAAUACUCAAAAACAACGAAAACCAGCGAUCCCAUUGCAACACUGUCAUAUUUCUCUCCCAAAAUGCCCGGCUCUUCCCUCUGGCUAACCCCUCCUCCCUCCCACCCCCUCUACCCCAUCCUCUCCUUCCUCAUCUCCCAACGCCUCCCCUCCGACUUUCCCUCCGAGGCUGGCGCUGCCGACGCACGCUUGACUCCUGAGUUCUUUGCUCCCCACAUGACCCUCAGCUCCGGCAUCUCCCCCGAUCUCUACGGCGACGAUCCCCAGCGCUGGCUCGAUUCGAUCCCCUGGCCAUCCGCUGACGAGGUAAAGGUGCGGUUUGAGGGCAUCAACUCUCAGGACACAUACUAUCGGAGGUGCUACGCAAAGGUUAAGCUGGAUGAGGGGAUCAAGAAGAUUGCCGGGCUGGCGAGGUCGAGAGGAGUGAAUGGGGAGGAAGAUGCGAAGGGUGCGAAGACGCAAGAGUGGUUGGAGUGGUGGAGGAAGGAGUUUGGGCCGCAUGUUAGUUUGAUGUAUGGGGAUGUUCCGAUCAGCGACGAUGGGUUGAAGGAGAUCGCCAAGGUCGUGGAGGAGGGCGGUGUCAAGCUGACUGAGCCGGAACGUGAUGUCGAAGGGAAUGGCUGGAAUGGCGGUGUUGUCUGGUUGAUCCCGACUGAUAAAGAUAUCAAGGACUGGAAGCCGAUCGCAAAGCGAGUGUUGUAGAGACCACGGGGGACAGUGACUUGUGGUGAAGCAUGUCUAAGAUGUGUGGGUAUUGAUAUGCUGGUAUUGAUGUUUACUGUUCUAUACGCCAAAAGCUUCUACGGACGGUGA